AUGGCCUUCGGCGAUAGCAUCACGGCCUUACUAGAAACAUACUCCAACUGCGCAACCCUCCUCAAGGCCUACAAGCAUGAUGCCAAUGGAGAAGAUGGGAACAUCAAGGUGGAUGCUCAGAAUAAACAUCUGCGCAAAUCCUUGAAAGCCGAUCGUGCAAUGGUAGAGCGUGCCUAUUCAAUUAGAUUAGCUGAGUUGGGCAGUCGCUUGAAGAGGGGUGAUGCCCGUUCUAUUUCUGCGGUAGAUGGGAUACUGAAGAGACUCAAGGCAGCAAUUUCCAGUUUGCUCCGUGCCUCAAGUAACAAGCAAACCCCGGCUCUGAAUUACGACGCACUCAGGUCCCUUUCUAACUCAUCAAGAAUCGAGGCCAUCAAGACCAUUGACAAUCUUGCCCGUCGCUUAGGAGGCUCUUCCCGCACGAGCAGGUCGGUGGUGUCCACAUCGUCGAAGCCUACACGGGCUUCUUCACCCUCAUCGCGAGCUCGACGGCAGUAUCCACCUCUCUCCAAGUCGGCUUCUUCUCUACCGAAAAAGAGCCAGUCCGGCAACCCAACUGCAAGCUCAGUUUCCAACUCUUCAUCUAGUCGACAUAGGAGGAAACCACCACUGGUUGAGGAUGAGCGAGUGAGCAAACAAAAGUCAAGUCCCAAGGAAAACAUACCAGCAGAAGUCAGCAAUCCGGCGGCAAGCGCAGUCUCUUCAUCCGGUCGAUACAAGAAGAAACCACCACGAACUGAAGACGAGACACGAAAGAGCAAAGAAAAGCUAGGUUCCAAGGCCAAGGAAGGCACUGUGUCGUCCGAGAUGGGAAAUCCAACUGCAAGCUCAGUGUCUUCCUCUAAUCGACACAAGACUAGGAAGUCGCCGCGAGCUGAGGACCAAGCAAGAGCGAGCAAAGAAAAGACAACUCCUAAACAACAGCCUCAAGGCACCGUAUCAGCCGUACCACCACCGCCGCCUCCUCCGCCUCCUCCACCACCACCAGCAGAACACGUGGUGCAAAUCCGAUCACAUCCUCGAAACAGCCAGUUUGGGACGGCAAUGCGCAACCGAAUGUCCUUCAUGUCUUUCGCUUCCGGGAGCACAAGACUGGGGGAGAUGUCUGAUAGGAAAUGGCUGGCUCAACAUACCAUACCCGAGGCCAACUCGGACGAAUACGACGUUCCCGUCCUCUAUCCACUGAAACCGUACAAGGCUGAAGUCAAGGAAAAGAAGUUUUUAGGUCUAUUUGGGCGAAGAAGGCAACGGCAUCAUGAUGAUGAUGAUUGA